AUGGGAUCUACUGGACUUGUUCACGAUCAAGAAACUCCCUAUCAGACCGGAAUAAAAGCCUCAAGAGAAAACUAUUGUGGCGAGAAUAACGACAAUCCUGAUGGACUUGCUUACCAAAUCAAGCGCAAGGCUCAGAUCAGCGUUCCGACGGACACUGUUUUUGGGCCCGAUGGCUUUCCCCUCGAGUUCUCCAUCCUUGCCACAGUCCGUGUCAAGGACAAGAAGCGAGCUGGUUCUCCAAUGAGCCUCUUCUCCUUGAUGGACGAGACCGGAUUGACUCAAUUCGCGAUUGAAGUGGACGACAACCCACGUCUCAUCUACCGCGAUGGAAUCAACAACGAGUUCUCUGGCAGCUCCGCUGACGAUCCUCAAUGGCAAGUGUCACUGGCCGACGGCAAGUGGCACAAAGUCGCAUGGAGCGUCUACCUCGGUGCUGGCGAAAACGAGUCAAUCGCCGAGCUCUUUGUCGAUUGUCAAAUGGUAGAUGUCCGUCGACUGGUCCGAAACGCCAGACCAGGCGAGAUCUCAACCCGAGGUAUCGUCAACUUUGGUCGCAACGGAUUCAACAACGACGCCGUCUUCGAGGGUGACAUUCAACAGCUCGAUAUGUACGACGACCCCAUGAUUGCUGUCAAGGCAACGGAUAAUCUCUGCCGAGACUACCCAUCGUACACUACCAAGUGCGACAAUGAUAGCAACAUGGCUGCACGAGUUGCACCCAUCGAUUCGCAAUCAUUCCCCCAAGAUCAAUCAUCCUCUGACUCUGCAUACGACUCUGGCACUGGUGAGGCAUAUGUCCCAUCUACUGACGACUAUGACAGUUAUGAUGGUGACUAUGAUGAUGGCGAUUAUGAUGACAACUACAAUUCCAACUAUGGCACUUAUGACAACAACUACAAUAACUAUGGCGAUAGUGGAGCCAAAACUUCCGAUAGCCUUAUUGUUAACCUUCCCGACUCCAGUCCCGACUACGAUUCAGCAAGUCCUGUCAGUCCAUCAGGUGGUGGCGCUCGUGGACCUCCAGGCCCACAAGGUCCCCCUGGUAUGAUGGGCCCAGCUGGUCCACCCGGUAAUGAUGGUCGUGAUGGUCUUGACGGUGCUCAGGGUAUUCAAGGUGCCCCUGGUACUCAUAUCAUGAUCCCGUUCCGACUUCCUACUCCUGAUGAGCUCAAGGGACCUGGUGCUGCUGCUCGCGCAGAACUCCAAUCUCAAAUGGCUCUUCAACAAGCUCGACUUGCGCUUCAAGGUCCACCUGGCCCAGUUGGUUUCACUGGAAACCCUGGUCCAAUGGGUCCACCUGGAAAGCAAGGCAAACAAGGACUUCCUGGCGAGCCUGGACCAUAUGGAGAUCCCGGCCUUCCUGGCAUUCCUGGACCAACUGGUCAGGUUGGUCGACGAGGUCGUGCUGGAAAGAAUGGUCUUCGAGGUGCUCCUGGUCCUCCUGGUCUCAAGGGUACUUCUGGUACUCCUGGAUAUCCCGGUGUCCCUGGCGAAAAGGGUCAUCGAGGUCCUCCAGGCCCAACCGGUGAUCGAGGUAAAACUGGAGAGCCUGGUGAACGUGGAGAACAAGGUGACACUGGUCUUCCCGGACCUCAAGGUGAACCUGGCCCAGCUGGACCUAAAGGUAUCCGAGGUUUCCAGGGCAUUCAAGGUCCUCCUGGUCUUCCUGGUGAUAACGGCCGACCUGGAUCCAAAGGUGCUCAAGGUCCUCAAGGUGAACAUGGUCCCCACGGUCCCCCUGGUCCUCCUGGCGUUAUGGGCCAGCCUGGUCCUCAGGGUAUGAUGGGUGUCCCUGGACCAAAGGGUUCCACUGGUAUUCCCGGUCUUCCUGGACAACCCGGUGCCGAUGGACUUCCUGGACAUCCCGGUGUUAUUGGAAAACCUGGAAAUAAGGGAGACAUUGGUCCACCUGGUAAUGUUGGUGCCCCUGGAUAUCCUGGCCCUCGUGGUGUCAAGGGUGACGUUGGUGAUGCUGGUGAUCCUGGUGCCAAUGGUAAGAAGGGUGACCAAGGUUACGACGGAGAAAAGGGAGCUGCUGGACAAAAGGGAUCAACCGGCCCACCAGGUGCUAUCGGUCAACGAGGUCAAGAAGGUCCUGAAGGUGCUAAGGGUCGAGAUGGACCACGUGGCGAACCUGGUCCAGUCGGAUCUCCUGGAGAAAAGGGUAACAUGGGUAUCAAUGGUCAAGUUGGUCUCCAAGGUGAACGAGGGGCCAAAGGUAACGUUGGUCCCCCUGGUGCUAUUGGUGAACCUGGCAAAGAUGGUUCUCGUGGUCCCCCUGGACAAUCUGGUCGACCUGGUGAACGUGGUCGACGAGGCAAGCCUGGACAGCGAGGUGGUCGAGGUGAAAUCGGCCAACCUGGCGAGAAGGGUACCUCCGGCAAAGAAGGUCCGCCUGGUCUUCCUGGAAAGCAAGGCCCACUUGGACCUCCUGGUGAGCAAGGCUUCCACGGAGAAAAGGGACCCCCUGGUCUUCCCGGAAAGAAUGGUAACCCUGGACAUCCCGGUGUUCGUGGUGAACAAGGUUUCGAAGGAAAGAUCGGAAAGCAGGGUCCUCAAGGUGUCAUCGGUCCCGCUGGUGCUACUGGUGAAAAGGGCCCACAAGGUAUUCCUGGUGAGCCUGGUCAGAUCGGUGAGCCUGGUGAUCGAGGCGACCCUGGAGAUCGUGGUGUUCCUGGUGCAAAGGGCGACCGAGGUCUUCCUGGUCCAUCUGGUCCAAUGGGAUCGCCUGGUAUUCAAGGAAACCCUGGUGAUCGCGGCUUGCCUGGCGCUGCUGGUGUUCCUGGAUCAAAGGGUGAACAAGGUCCUCCUGGUGAGCAAGGCAGACAAGGUGGCAUUGGUCCUCGCGGUCCUUCUGGUUCGCAAGGUGAACCUGGUCCUCCCGGUCCUCGAGGUAAUUCUGGAGAUAUGGGACCUGCUGGCGCGAAGGGUAUUCCUGGUGGCCCUGGAAUCCCUGGCCCACCUGGACGAGAUGGUCUUCCUGGCGAUCGUGGUGAGCCUGGAGAGCUUGGUCCCCAAGGUCCUCCCGGAGAAGCCGGUGACACUGGUGACCCUGGAAAGCCUGGCGUGCAAGGACCCAAAGGUGACAAAGGUGACUCCGGUCCAUCUGGAAACCCUGGUGUUGUCGGCCCUCCUGGCAAGCAAGGUGCUCCUGGAAGUGAUGGUUCUCCUGGUAUUCCUGGUCCACAAGGUCCAAUUGGCGAGAAGGGUAACCAAGGUCAACGAGGUUAUCAAGGCGAACAAGGUCCACCUGGUGGACAGGGUCUUCCUGGUGCUAGCGGACUGAAAGGUGAACCUGGAGAUCAAGGUCCUGCUGGACCUACUGGUCCUGUUGGCAAAGUUGGUCCAAGAGGUGCUAAGGGUCCCGAUGGACCUCAAGGUCCUCCUGGAAGCACUGGUCCUCAAGGUCGAACUGGCUCUAAGGGUGAACCAGGAGAAGCUGGCCCAGCUGGUAUUCCUGGUAUUCCCGGUGCUAUGGGUCCAAAAGGAGAAGUUGGCCCACGUGGAGAAGACGGAGCAACUGGCCCUCAAGGUACUGCUGGUCCUCAAGGUCCCCCUGGUGACCAAGGAGAGCAAGGUCAAAUCGGUCCUCCUGGACAACCUGGAGAUCAAGGUGACCAAGGUCAAAUUGGUCCCCCUGGUAUCAAUGGAAACAAGGGUGAGCCUGGUCAAGAAGGUCUUCGAGGUCCACUCGGUGUCAAGGGUGAUCGAGGUGAUCCUGGACCAGCUGGUGUUCCUGGUGAUCGUGGUGAGCCUGGUCCUCAGGGCCGCGAAGGCAAAGAAGGCGAGAAGGGCUCUAAGGGAGAUACCGGACCUGAAGGACAGCCUGGUGUCCCUGGAAAAACUGGCCGACCUGGUGAUGCUGGUCCCGCUGGUGUUCAAGGAACCCAAGGUCUUCCUGGCAAGAAUGGUCUUGACGGUGCUCGUGGUGAUCCUGGUAUCGAUGGCGCUCCUGGUAUGGCUGGUCUUCCCGGUCCAGCUGGACAGAAGGGUGAGCCAGGACCAAAAGGAGACAAAGGUCACGCUGGUCUUACUGGUCUUACUGGUCCUCCUGGUCCCGAAGGUCCCCAGGGUAACCGAGGUGCUCAAGGUUACUUGGGUCCUAUUGGUGAGCCUGGUGAGCCUGGACCUCGCGGUAACGCUGGUGAUUCUGGUCCUCCUGGUCUCAUGGGUAACCCUGGUCCUCAAGGUCUUCUCGGACCAAAGGGUUCUCAAGGUCCUACUGGUCCAAAGGGUGAACCUGGUCGACCUGGUCCUCCUGGUCCUCCCGGACCCCCAAGCCCUCCCAUCAUGGCUCCCGCUCCUAACUCAAUGAAGGCAAGAAAGCGACGAGAUGUCAUUGAAGGCUUUGAACCAAUGUACUUGGACAUCAUUGAUAGCUCUGACUUGUCUUACCUCGACUACGGAUCUCAUGACUCUGGUCUCAAUGAAAUCUUCUCUUCUCUUGAGUCUCUCAAGGACGAGCUCCAGACGAUGAAAGAACCCCAGGGUACAAUCACGAACCCUGCUCGAUCUUGCAGAGAUCUCCAUCUUUGUCACCCAGAGAAGCCUUCAGGUGAAUACUGGAUCGAUCCUAACGGCGGAAGCAACCGCGACGCCAUCAAGGUCGAGUGUGACAUGGAAAAGGCCGGUGUUACGUGCAUCAGCCCUGAAAUGAGCUCUGUCCGAAAGCGAAAAUGGACCGGAGAGAAUCCAGGCAGCUGGUUCUCUGAGUACAAGCAAGGCGGCGGCGUGAUCGGUUACAAUGUCACUGAGCCACAGUUCAAGUUCUUGCGACUACUGAGCUCCAAGGCCGAGCAAAAGUUCACACUUUCCUGCCACAACACCGUGGGAUGGUAUGACGAAACUACCCAGGACUACUCGAACGCUCUGACGAUGAAGUCUUACGACAACACCGAAGUGACCUAUUCACCAGAAGAAACUCGAUUCGCCAUCGCAGAGGACUCCUGCUCUGGCAAGAGCUCCGAUGGUCAGGUCAUCGUUGACUUCAACACCAGAGACGUCGAUAUCCUUCCAAUUGUCGACUUUAAGAUCAAUGACGAAAACGCUGGUAAAUACGGCUACAGUAUCAGCGACAUCUGCUUCUACGGCUAA